AUCUGUGUUACUCUUCCUUCAAAGUUGUAAAUGUAUUUGUACUCCCAUGUUUGAGACGGCUGCUUUUAUUUACUCUGUGACUGACUGUUUAAUUCAGUCAUUAUUUCCUUCUGUGUCUACACCUCAGGAAGUGGGUGAAGAGUUAAAUGUAGAGCAGAGUGUGUGAGAGUGCGGGAGUCAACAGCAGGGGGAGGAUAAGAAGGUGCAAGAUAAGAGAGAAAAUAUAUAAAGGGCGAAAGAGGCUAAAGGCAAAGGAGCACAACAAAGGCAAACAAGACUGGAGACAGAAAAAGAAUAAAGCCAAACAAGGGAGACUGUUUUGGAACAGAGGUUGGAGAAGGAUUAAUUGGCAACAGAGCAGAAAGAGAACAAGUUAAAACACACCAACAUGACGCACCGACUGUUCGAGGGGAAGGAUCAUGCCUCUGUCUACCAAAAGUAUCGCUUUACACCUCCAGAUGAGCUCAAGAACAUUAUUCUUCAGUAUCUUGAUACAAAGGAAUUUCCCUAGGAGAUGGAUGUUCCGAUGCAUCAAACUUUGAGUCAACUAUGAAUGAUUUUAAGAAGGGACAACCACAUGCGCUGGCAGUGGAUCUGGGGUGUGGGACAGGUCAGAAUGCUCGGCUACUGGCACCACACUUCCAGCAAGUGGUGGGCAUCGACGUCAGCGAGUGUCAACUGGAGGAGGCCAGAGCUGUGCCAGGGUACCCUAACAUCACUUACAGGCAGGGGGUGGCAGAGGAACUCCCUUUUCCAGACGGCUCUGUGGACUUGUUGACAGCAGCGUCAGCAGCCCACUGGUUUGAUCGGUUGAGGUUUCUGGCUGAGGCAAGUCGGGUUUUAAAACCGCGGGGUUGCUUGGCUCUGCUUGGCUUCAGUGACACUAAAACCAGACUUUGCUACCACAACUGUGGAGAGAGACUCAAUCACAUAUGUGAAGAGGUGAGGCAGUUGCUGUUGCCAUACACUAGCAGUCAGGUAGCUGUAUCUGAGGGUAAGCUGGAAGAGCUCUACUCAGCCAUCCCUUUUCCUGAAAAAGAGAGGAUUGAGUGUCUUCGGGUGAACACGUCGAUCUCGGUGAGGAGCCUGGUGGGUUUCAUUGAAACCUGGUCUAUGUUCCAAAGUUACAAGAAGAAGGAUCCCCAGGCUGCUGGAGACCUGCUGCUUAAUACUCAGAAGAGGUCAUCUGUCCACACACGCACACACACACACACACACACACACACACACACGAAUUAUACACGUCUGUUCAUUUAUUUGAAUAUUAACUGUUUUCUAUACCGCUCCACUGAGUACUGAGCUGAAUAAUCAAUCACUGCACUGCCUCACAGGUUUCUGGAUGAAAUGGGAGUCACUUCUCCAGACACUGAAAUGAAGCAGGAGCUGGAGUACUUCUGUGUCCUGGCGUCAAAACCACAAUAAUGAUAAUGAUGUGUUUUGAGAGAGUUUGAGAGUCUUAGAGACAUCGCAAUCUAAAAUUUGUGUACUCCAAAUGUGUAUGAAGGAAUGACCUGUUGAAUGUGAACAUUCCUAAAUAAACCCUUUUGUUCUAAGUAAAACUCUUGUUUUCCCAGUGACUGUCUUGUGUAAUGUAAGUGGAUAAGUCAGCUAAUAAAUACCUUUGACCAGGAUUACAAUAAUCCUUAACACACUAAUUUUUGUUAUAUAGAGAAGAAUGUUCUGACUAGUUUGCAGAUGAUCUAGUAUGUUAAGAUAUCUGUCAAAGGAGCAUCUACUAGUGACUUUAUAUCUUACCUCUGCUGUAUUUUGCUUUUCUUAAAGUUUCAUUUUGCAGCCAAAUUACCUCUCAAUAUGUUUCCCAAUAGAACAGCUGAUCCCUGGAAGCAAACUGGGAGGUUACAUAACUUGGAAAUGCUUCUGAAAUAUAAUAUACCUACCACUGUUGUUUCAUGAAAGGGGUGCUGAGACGCUUUGGUUUAAAUGAGAGUCAAGUUUUUUAGCCAAGCUCUUUAAACCUUAGCGUAAUUGGUGGCUGAUUUACUUGUUCUAGCUGCUUCAGUGCCUUUCUUUAAUCUCUACUUUUUCUCAGUGGGUAGAAGGCAGCUUGAUGCUGCUGACAGCUUGUUUUGUACCUGCUGUGUGCUCUGUAAAUGAAGCUAAAGUAACUAAUGUUCAUGGUACGGCUUCCUACAAAGAAACUGAAGACAAAGAAAUAUGUACUGUGAAGAUGUAAAACAGUUAUAUUUUCAAUAACAAAAGAUGUGCAAGUUGCUGUUUUACAUAGCAAUAGCUUUCCUUGGAAAAUCAGUGUCUAACGCUAGGGCCACACCGCCCGCGGAAGCGCCGCAAAUAGCCUCGAAGCGCAGAGAAGAGAAGGCAGUUUCCUUUCGGCGCCCAUGUUAACCGACUGUGUCGUCCACACUGGCCGCGCCGGGAAGCUCCACGGCAGGCUCACGAUUUGCAGCGAUCAGUUCGGCGUCUGGUCUAUUUUCUGCGCGAGCCGCGAGCGAAUCUGACAAGCCAGGCAGUGAAAAACAAGAGCUGGGAGCAGAAUUGCUUGUCGACGGCGUGGAGAAAUGCGCGUCUGAUGUGAACGGAGGUGCUCCAGCGCGCGAGAGAAUUUCGGUGCGCUGCGCUUCCGCGGGCAGUGUGGCCCUGGCGUUAUGCUGCAAAUUCAGCUCCAAUUAGCAACACAUUUUCUGGUGUUCACCUAAUCCACUGAGAUCAGUUUUGAAAACACUAAACUGAUAUAAGUUUUGCAUUGAAAUUGCAUUGAAAAAAUUGUGGUAUUAGAGUAAAACAGCAGGACUCGCAUUGAUUAUCAACAAUAUCAAUAAGUACUGGUGUAGUGUGUGUAUGUAUCAGCAUAAAAUGUGUAAUAGUAUAGAUUGAUUAUUAACAAGUGACCUAAAAACGGUAACCAGCACUUAAAUACCACCGAUUUUAGUUUGUACACGAACCCUUUGUUGAUAAUGUGACUUCCUCACACCAUAGGGGAUGAGACAUGCAAAAGUUCAAGUGACACACUGAAACGUUUGAAAGAAAAGAUAACAUAUUCUUUCUCCUUCAAAUUAAAAAGAAUAAUUAAGCAAUAAAUGCUCCCUUGUUCAACCCAAUGAAGUCAAGGGUUCUGCUGCUGUUGCCUUACUUGGUGUAGUAUGACCAGUAGCUCAUGGCUAAUCCUAACCAAUAUUAACUAACUUUAACUGGGCAUUGCUAUGUAAGUGACAAUAAUGUAUAAUUUUGAUGAAUUAAAUACUGUUCUAAUAUGUUUUUAGCAUGUUUUAGCAAACAUUUCAAUCGCAUAAAUAAAACAUAGACUCAAAGACAGCAUAUUUCAUUGGAAGACGUUUGUAUUGUUUCCUAUUUGUUGUCCCAUUCCACUCACUUUCAACCAGUUUGUCUAAUGAUGAUGUCUACCAAUGUUUUGGUAAAGACACACAGGAAUAUUGGAAAAUGCAACUGCCACUUAUUGCUGCUGUUCAGCAAAAACUACAUAGUCUCGCUUUAAGUUAACUUCUAAUCGGAAAAAUGUUGAUAUGUAGUGUAUUAAUAGUUAUUAUGAUUAAAACCUUUGUUGGUUUUGAGCAAAAUGAGUUUUGGAGUCUCACUGAAACUAAUGUAAAUUUUGAAAAUGAACUACUGUAACUUUGAAGUAUGAUAAUUUGGUAUCACAGCUGUAUUGCGACUUACUUUUCACAUGGUUGAUCAAUAAAACCAUUCUUGAAAUGUCUUUACUGUCUUUAUUUACUGCCCUUUGCACCAGGAAAAAGGACUGAAUGCUGCUGACCACACUACAUCAGUGUGUCACAUUUUUACAACACUGGUAAUGAAUAGCAAACAGCCCUUGGUUAAAGAAAACCACGAGGUUAUGAAAUAAAAGAAAUCAGUCAACAGAUUCAGACUGAGCAGCGUUGCACACAGGAUGUUAGCUGUAAUAAUACUUCUACCAUUCGUACCUCACCCUCAUCAUCUCCAGGGGUUUCAAUUGGUUCUGACAGAAAUGCAUACCAUCACAAAAGAUGACCCUUACUCACACAGACCUUUGAGCUUGACCUUGAUUUCCAUUCAACAUCAAUUAUCGUGGAUAAAUGGUGCAUUGCAUCACCAACCCUAACCUCAAAAUCUGGUAUGGCUGACAGUAGUGAAAGCUGCAGUAACAUACUGUUAAUUAGCAAUUCUCUCUUAUUUGUGUCACAUUAAAGCAGUCAUGCACACACAAAAUACAGUGUUGUUAUCAACUGGUAUUGCUAACAAUAACUUGGUUUUUCACCUAGUACUAAAACAGCUUGUGUGAUCAACUUGUAUGUGACGUCAUUCCCAGCUCCGACCUCUGCCUUCUGAGGUUAAUAGAAUGCUGCAAAAGUUUUGGAGCUGUCCCUUUAAAAGCCUUCAUUGUCAAACAUUCCACAUACUAGUAGAAUUAAUGGGACCUCCCUGUUUCCAGGCACCCCACGGUCUCCCUCUUUUGUGUGUGUGGGUGUGUGUGUGUAUCUGAGUACUAGCAGAGAGGAACACACGUUUUUAACACAAGAUAAAACAGAUUGAUCUCUUUUUUU